CGACACGAAAGCUAUUAGUCCGCGUAUACUCGCACUCUCAAAUACCACAACGCAACAACGCAAAAAUGUCAGCAGCAGAGCCCCAGAGAUCCCUCACUCCUGCCGAGGUCAAUAAGAUCAAGCACUGCGCCGAGGCCAUCCGAAUUGGACAAGACUUGUUUUCAUGUGGCGGCGUCUUGACCGGCAAGGAUGUUGACUUCGACCAGCUCUACCUGAAGUACACAGACUCGUUCCAGCCAGACGAAUCGUUCACGACGCGACCGGUGCCCCUUACCGAGGAAAUCAUCGGGAAACUAGCCCGUGCUGGUAAUAUAGCCCCGUUCGGCAAAGGCUCAGAGACAGUGGUGGACGAGUCGUACCGUCUGGCGCGAGCGAUCGCCAUCCCCGACUUCGCUCUUGUGCCGGAUCCAGCCUUGGGUAGCGGACUGCUCACCACCAUCGCUGCUCAUCUGGGACUGAAAUAUCCUUUGACGGCACGGCUGGCCAAGCUUAAUAUAUAUCCCCAAGGAGGCUUUUUCAAGGCUCACCAGGACACCGCUCGUGGAGAGAAUCACUUGGGCACGAUCACUCUAUGUCUCCCGUCGUCUUUUACGGGCGGGGACCUCGUCGUUCGAAAGGGCGACAGAGAAAUCGUCUAUGACUGGUCUACGGACGUGUGGGGUGCUUCGGGGAACCCUCAGCUGCCUUGGGCCUUCCUGUACGCCGACGUCGAGCACGAGGUACUGCCUGUCACGUCGGGAAUGAGAGUGACGGCGGCGUGGGACGUCUUCACGAUCCCCGACAGCGGCACACAAAUCUCUUACGACGUGCUCAACUCUGCCGCCGCCCGCACUCGCGACGCUUCCAAAGA